AUGGCAGAUCCAGAAGCCUAUAACCCGCGAGCUAUUAACGCGUGUCUCACUUGUCGCAAGCAGAAACGAAAGUGUACGAAAGAGAGGCCUAGAUGUUUCGUUUGUCGCAAGACUGGGAGGGCCUGCGAUUACACCCCUAUUGACAGGAGCUCCACGACAGCUGCAGACAAUACUGGAAGUCCGGAUUCCCAAGAAACCGGUGAAAAUGGCCCUUUACCCCGCAGACGUACUCAUCCGAACGGAUAUGAGAAAAGCGCAAGGGGUGCGGGUUCCUCCAUCAUGAACGGUCUCUCCACCUUGUUCCUCGACUCCGAUGUUUCUCCGGAUCGAAGUUAUCUGGAGUCUAACACACGCAUCGCUCUGCCGCCUGAAUACCUCCGUUAUCUCCGGAGUCCUGCACAGGUUCGAUACGAGGUUGAUGUUUACUUGAAUAGUGUCCACACAUUCUUCCCUAUAGUUUCCAAGUUGCGGCUGUACCAGCAACUCUCGGAUGCGGAUCGUAGGAAUGAACCUGAUUUUUGCCUUCUAUUGAUAGCGAUGCAGUUGCAUUCGCAACCGUGUAGCGAAGUGGAAUCUAGUGAUGCAGAACUUUACAGGUCUGCAAAAGCUUGCUAUGUGCAUGUUGAGAGCAGCAAUGUCUUCUCCAUUAAAGUGCUACAGGCGCUACUUCUGAUCGCACUAUAUGAGAUAUCAAACUCUAUCUAUCCCGCGGCAUAUCUAACAGUGGGACAUUGCGCACGACUCGGACAUGCUAUGGGAGUUCACCAGCGCAGUGAUGCGCCGCAGAUGCUUAACCGAGUAGGUACAUGGGUGGAACUUGAGGAAAGGCGUCGUACUUGGUGGGCCGUAAUCAUAUUGGACAGAUAUGUUAAUCUAGGCGGCAGGGACCGCCCGCUUGCAUGUGAAGAUGCACAACCAGAGGACUUCCUUCCUGCAGAUGACAAGUCCUGGGAUCGUGGUGAAAUCACGGUAGUCGAACCUCUCGCAGUCCGCGCCAAUACUACCAUCCAAGUCUGUCCGUUCACACGUACCUGUCAAGCAGCGCACGUCCUCUCCCGUGUACUUGGCCACCUGAACGAUUGCAACUCCGAUGUCGAAUUUCGAUACGAAGAGGCGAUGCAGCUGCAUCGCACCGCCCAGGCGCUAUCACAUACACUCUCAACCGAACUCGAAGAAUGGAUCGAGAAAGCAUACGAUCCGACCGCACACCUUCCACUGUUUUCUGCCAUUGGAAUCUGCUAUAGUGCGUUACUUCUCCUGUAUGACAGAUAUUGUUGCAGCGGUAUUAGCGGGGUAGCCGGGAAUGUAGAAGUACAACAGAUGGCACUCUCCAGUAUCAAUGAGGUAUCUCGGGCGGUCUUUCACUUUGCAAAAGGCAUUCGCGCGGCCAUGGAUCUUGGUGGGUCGCUCAGGAUGAGUCCCCUGGUACUUGACUGUCUAUAUCAGGCUACAGCAAAUUUUAUGUGGCAGAGUCGCGAGACUGGGAAUUCAGACGUCUUACAAAUGGCGAAUGAGAUCCAGAGUAUCCUUGAAGUUCUUGGGACGAGAUGGACGGCUCCGCGCGCAUAUCUGUCAAUUCUUCGAAAGUCAGGUGGUCAUUGCUAA